AUGGCUGACGAAGAACAAAUAAUUCGCGACAGACUUACUGUUGACGAACGUAAUCUUCGCCGUGUAACUCGAAAGAUUGGCGUAUUCCUCAAUUCUUUAGAACAGGGUAAUCUCAAAGAAGCUCGUGUACAAUUUAAUGACUUUAUAGUCGAUUUUUCAUCCUAUGAAAUUGGUCUUAUACGAUUCCAAGUCAUUCAUGAUAUGAAUCUCUGUGAGACACGACAUUGGGAAGAAGAAGCUUUGAAUAUUGAAAAGCAAAUCGAAGAGACUAAAAGAAUUAUUGAAAAAUUGGAGGCGGAGCUUGAAGCGGAGGAAGAGAUACGCAGGAACAAGAUUGAAUAUGACCAAUUGGCAUCAGAAAUUAAUGAACUUCAAUCGCGAGAAGAAUCUAUAAAUGAAAUUACAAAAUUGGACGAAGAAACUUUAUUAAUCGAAGAAAAAGAACGGUUAUUUGAUGAAACAUUGAGUCAUCGUAGGGCCCAAUUAGAACGAGUAUUAUCAGUUAUACAAGAUGUACAAUCUCAAAUACAAAUUGAACAAGAACAAAACCGUCACAUUCUUGGAGAAGAUGAAGAACCUGAUGCAACACCUGAAUCUAUUAGAAGUGAAUUUGCAUCUCCAAUAGGUUCACCAAUUCCUGAUAUACAAGUAAACGGAACUGAUGAGACUACUACACAUGAAAGUGCUGAUACAGUGAAUAACAUACAGGAUCCGCCACAAACUAAUGGCAAUGGCAAUGAAGUGAAUUCACCUCGUCCUGUUAACGGAGAUUCAACAUUAGCCAUGAAUGAUGCUGGAACACCGGUGUUACAAGAGUAUCAAGAUCAUUCCAAUGCACCAUCACGGCAAGAUGGUUCGUCAAGUGGAAAUGAAAAAGUUACCCAAGAAACUAUACCUGAAGAAGGAGCAGUAGUUGGAGAAGCAGGCGAAGUUGAUGAAGAGGGUAGCAUUGAAGAAAUGGGAGAAGUU